GAACCCCCAUCGCCAUUGAACCGAUAACUCAGGAUGCCCUCAGCAAUGGCAGCUCCCCUAACAGCUGUGUCAAUUAAGCCUAGAUUCUUCACAUUCCAGGCCAAAUCCAUUUCUUCCAUUCGGCCAUGGACGAAACCGUUUCCUUUUUCUGCCUAUAAAAUGGCGUUUCGCAGGGGCUCUCCACUAAUUUCAGCUGCAGUCGCGGAGGCGGAUGAGAUGUCGACGCAGCCUCCCGUGGAUCCUACUUCGGAAGCCGCUCGUCGACUCUACAUCGGCAACAUCCCCAGGACGAUGGACAACGAUGAUCUCAACAGGAUUGUUGCGGAGCACGGUACUGUUGAAAAAGUCCAGGUGAUGUAUGACAAGUAUUCUGGACGAAGCCGUCGAUUUGGAUUCGCUACAAUGAAAUCUGUGGAGGAUGCUAACGCUGUGAUCGAGAAAUUGAAUGGCACUCAAAUAGGAGAGCGUGAGAUCAAGGUUAACAUCACGGAGAAACCCAUGUCAUCAGUGGAUCUAUCUCUACUUCAGGCUGAAGAUUCUGCUCUCCUGGAUAGUCCCUACAAGGUCUACGUAGGAAACCUUGCCAGGACUGUGACGACAGACACGCUCAAGAAUUUCUUUUCGGACAAAGGGAGAGUGGUCGGCGCCAAGGUGUCAAGGGUGCCUGGAACUUCAAAAUCCAGCGGGUUCGGCUUUGUGGCAUUCUCGUCGGAAGAGGAUGCAGAAGCUGCCAUCUUGGCUUUCAACAAUUCUUUGUUGGACGGGCAAAGGAUUCGUGUGAACAAGGCAUAGCGAGAGGCUACUCGAAACGAGUAGAUAAAAUAUCUGAUGGUUGAGUGCUUUGUUCUACAGCAUAAACGUAUUUUAGAGGUGCAAAUGCAAACUUAUAUAUGUAUUGAUAUGGCUUUUGUCAUACAAAUGCAAAUAGCCUGCUGACAGUCCCCAUCUUUAACUACGGAGCCAUUCAGUA